GGAGAUAGAUUGGCAGGAAGGCAAGGUAUCGGGGACAAUUUACACCGGAGAAAACUAUGGCAUUAUGGGACAGAUCUUUGAGCUCUUCUGUAGCUCCAACCUUCUGCAGCCCGGUGUUUUCCCUGGAGCUAGGAAGAUGGAGGCAGAGAUUGUGGCUAUGUGCUGUGAUAUCUUCAAAGGUGGCCCAGACUCAUGCGGUACUACCACUUCUGGAGGAACCGAAAGCAUCUUACUAGCGUGUUUGGCUUACAGAGAGAUGGCAAAAGCGAGAGGUGUGCGGAGACCAGAAAUUAUUCUUCCAGACUCUGGACAUGCUGCUUUUGAGAAGGCUGCGCAUCUAUUUGGAAUGAGAAUUAUAAGAACUCCCUUGAAUAAGACCACAUAUGAAGCUGAUGUAAAGGCCAUGAAACGGAUGAUAAACAAGAAUACCUGUAUGUUGGUUGUCUCUGGUCCAAGUUUUCCACAUGGAAUCAUUGAUCCUAUCUCAGAAGUUGCCAGGCUCGGUGUGAAGUACAACAUCCCCGUUCACAUUGACAUGUGCAUGGGCGGUUUCUUGUACCCGUUCUUGAGAUUAGGGGGGCAUGACAUACCCCCUGCGGAUUUCAGCGUGGCAGGUAUCACCAGUAUAUCAGCCGAUUUACACAAGUAUGGCAAAGCACCCAAAGGAAGCUCUGUUGUCAUGUACAGUGAACAGAAGUAUCGUCUAGGACAGUUCUUCGUGUUGACUGACUGGAUGGGAGGGAUCUAUGCUUCCCCUACCCUGGCAGGAACUCGAUCUGGUGCAGUGAUAGCUACGGCAUGGGCAGCUCUAAUGCUCCAAGGCUUCGAUGGAUAUAUCCAGCAUGCUGACAGAGUUAUCAAAACAAGAGAAUCCAUUGAGAAAAGAAUUAGAGAGGUUGAGGGCAUCUAUGUGAUUGGCCAGCCAAAAGUGAGUGCUUUUACCAUAGCAUCCACUGUCUUUGACGUCUUCCGCCUGGGCACUGCCCUGACAGAGAAGGGAUGGCAGAUGUACACUGUUCAAAAUCCAUCAGGUCUAUGUAUGACUGUUACUGAUCUACUGAGCAAGGAGACGGCUGAUCAGUUGGUAUCCGAUGUCAAGGAAUGCACCGCAGAGAUCAUGAAAGACCCCAAUGCCAAAGCGCAAGGCAUGGCGGCAAUCUAUGGCAUGGCGGCGACUCUGCCCGAUCGGUCUUUGGUUGCUGAUUUUGUUUGUGGAUAUCUGGAUGCCUUUUACACUACAGAUAACCAGCAACAGUGAUUUCCAUCCAAGUCUGAAAUAACGACACCUGAGGUUUCUAAUCUACACUCUAAAUCCUGCUAUAGAUCCUCAACAAGCAAUAGCGAUUUCCAUCCAAGUCUGAAAUAAU